AAACUGUCAAAACACAGCUGUUUCAUUAAAAAUGUCAUCAUUUUUCUAACCUCAAAUUUUUGUUGAACAAAAUAAAUUUCAUACAUGCAAUUGUUGUUAGAGAAACAAGAAAACUUUGCUGGUUACUAAAUCCAGACAACUUUACGCAAUAGAAAACUCCGUUCAUACCAAAUGGCCACAGCAACAAAGGCGAGUAAAAAUAUUUACAGACUAUUUGUGGGUAAUUUACCUUGGACAGUUAGUCAUCAGCAAUUGAAAGUGUAUUUCAAAGAUUUUGGUCGUGUAAUCAAUGCGAAUGUAAUAUUUGACAAAAAGACCGGUCUAUCAAGGGGUUAUGGAUUUGUAACAGUCAACAGCUUGAAUGCAGUGGAAAAGAUCGAAAACGAACAGAAACACGUCUUGGACGGCAAUUAUUUGAAUAUACAAAAAACCUAAACCAACUAGCAAUAUUUGUAUUGCAAGCAUUUAGUUUUAUAAGUUAAACAUAAUUAAAACAAACAGAAUAUAAACAAAUAAAAGCAGAGAAUAUGUACAA